UAUAAAAUUUCUCUAUCUUAAAACAUAAACUUAAAAUAUCAUUUUGACCAAAAUAUAAUUAAAAAUGUGAUAAGUUAAAGCAGCAAUUUAUUAAGACCAUAUAUAACAUUUCCCAAAUAUCUUCUUACACAUUGCUAUCAUUUUAUUUAUGGAAAAGUUUCCUAAUGAUCAAAUUUGAUUUUGAGCAAAGCUAUCAAUUAUAAAUUGAAGAAAUAUUCCUUUGGAAAUGUAUAUAUUCUGCGUUUACCAGUUCAUGGCGGCCACAAACCUCGAGAAUUCGUCAAAACAUAAAAAAUCAACAAUGGGAGCGUACAAAUCCGACGACGACUACGAUUAUCUCUUCAAACUAGUCUUGAUCGGAGAUUCCGGAGUCGGAAAAUCCAACCUGUUGUCUCGAUUCACCAGAAAUGAAUUCAGUAUCGAGUCAAAGUCUACCAUCGGUGUCGAGUUCGCUACAAGAAGCGUUCAUGUCGACGAGAAAACCAUCAAAGCUCAGCUUUGGGACACCGCCGGUCAAGAAAGAUACAGAGCAAUCACGAGUGCAUACUACAGAGGAGCAGUAGGUGCUCUUCUAGUGUACGACAUAACUCGUCACGUAACGUUCGAGAACGUCGAACGAUGGCUCAAGGAGCUUCGUGACCAUACCGAUGCCAGCGUCGUGAUCAUGCUUGUUGGGAACAAAGCUGAUCUUCGUCACCUUCGUGCUGUUCCCACGGAAGAAGCUAGAUCUUUCUCUGAAAGAGAGAAUAUGUUCUUUAUGGAAACUUCUGCUCUUGAUGCUACAAAUGUUGAGCAAGCUUUCACUCAUGUCUUGACUCAGAUCUAUCGUGUUAUUGUUGGAAUAAACUUGAAAGAUAAAGAAGCUUGAGAGAGAAGUAAGGAGACCUAAUCCUACCGAGCUUUGGAAAUAGGAAACAUAAUAAGUUUAGGAGUUAUCUAAAGAUAUGUUUAUCUAUUAGGAUUAGGAAAAUAUAAUCUAUAUAUAAGUAGAUAUUGAGUUGUGAUAUCACUUGAGAGGAUUAGAGAUUUGAGAGCUUGUGUUUUGAGAGAGUUUCACAGGUUAUAAUAAGAGAGCAAUUCUUAUUUGAAUCUUUAAGUUUUAUAUUCGAGUUCUAUAUUUGGUAUCAGAGCAUUAGGAGAUCAAACAAAGAGAAUCGAGAAUGGGAGAUCUUAUUACGGCAACUCCGGCAAAGUUAAAAGAAGGGGAGCGAUCAUCCAUAAAACUCCCGAUGCUCACUUCCACAAAUUACACGGUGUGGGCCAUUCGAAUGAAGAACAUUCUCAGGGUUCAUAAAGUAUGGAGUCUUGUUGUUGAAGAUGCAACAGAAGACGAUGAGAAGAAUGAUAUAGCGAUUGGUUUGUUGUUCCAAGCAAUCCCUGAGGCCCUCGUACUACAAGUUGGAGAGCUGGAUACAGCACAAAAGGUUUGGGAGGCUAUCAAAGCUCGGUAUGUCGGUGCAGAGAGAGUUAGAGAAGCAAGGUUGCAAACUCUAAUGGCAGAUUUUGACCGAUUAACAAUGAAAGACACUGAGAAGAUUGAUGACUUCGUCGGCAAGCUAUCAGAAAUCUCAUCUACAUGCGCUGCCCUAGGAGAAGAGAUUGAGGAAUCUAAGUUGGUCAAGAAAUUUCUCAAGUGUCUUCCUCACAAGAAGUACAUACACAUCGUGGCGUCUCUUGAACAAGUUCUUGAUUUAAAGAACACGAAGUUUGAAGACAUUGUGGGACGUUUGAAAACUUAUGAGGAACGUAUACGUGUUUCAGAAGAAAGCCAUGAAGAUCAAAGCAAGCUUCUGUACUCUAAUACGGAACAUCAAAACACACAAGAUGAUUACCGAGGAGGAUAUCGUGGAAGAGGAGGACGGUCUUAUCGUGGAAGAGGUCGUGGUCGAGGCAGAGAUACAUCAAGAGUGAUGUGUUAUCGGUGUGACAAAACGGGUCAUUAUGCCUCUA